AUUUAUAUGUAACCCAAAAAUUAAAUCCAUUCCAAAUUUCAUCCAUAGCUCCGUCGUGAAAACCAACCAAACACCGUUACAUUCCACCGUUGUUCAGAAUCAAAACCCCUUUUCCAGAAAAGGAAUUUUUUUAUUUUAUUUUUUCCACAUCUAUAUAAUCUAGAAACCCAAUUUAAUUAGUGAUAAGAACGCACUUAAUUUUGGCCCAGUUAAAGAUAUUUUCUUUGAAAAUUAAAUUUUUAAUUGGAUUCCAUUUCAAACCCUAAUUACCAAUUUUGGUUUUUUUGAUUCAUUGCAUUGUUCCCUAUUAAUGUUUCAUUUCGAAUGGAAAUUGGUUUCUUUGCUGUUAAACCUAUCAUUGUAGUUGCUGCUUCACUAUCUUCAACUCAAUUGUUUUCUCAGGGUGUUUUUCGAACAUGGAUUCGAAGAUGUGCAAGCCUUGUACUGGUGUUGCAUCUUCGAUGAAUGGUGUGCCUUUGAGUGUUCCGAAUCAGGAGGAUGAGAUGGCCCGGUCCCUCAAGGAUACGGUGCCUGUCAAGACUGAUGUGGAUAUAGACCUCAAGGAAGUUUACUUUUUAAUUAUGCAUUUUUUGUCUACCGGGCCAUGCAAGAGGUCUUUUGAUCAGCUAAGGAGUGAACUUUUAGAGCACCGGCUUCUACCUAGAAGAUAUCAUGCUUGGUUUUCAAGAAGUGGUGAGCCCAGUGAAGAUGAUGCUGGCGAUGAUGACGGCAUCUCUUUACCUUUACAUUACAACAAUUUAAUGGACAGGUAUCCUCAUGUAGCUAAGGAUCACCUGGUAAAGCUUCUGAAGCAAUUAAUGCUGAGUACAGCCCAUCCUUUGAAUGGAAAAGUAAAUAGUCCUAAUGCAGCGGAUGUUCCCACUUUACUCGGAGAUGGUUCAUUUUCGCUUCUUGAUGUUGAUAGAAAAACGACUGUUAAGCAGGUGAAGCUACCUCCACUUUACAUGCGUUGGCCACACUUGAAGGCUAAUCAGGUUCAGGGGCUAAGUUUAAGGGAAAUUGGAGGUGGUUUCACAAAGCAUCAUCGUGCUCCAUCUGUUCGCAGUGCAUGUUAUGCUAUUGCCAAACCGUCUACCAUGGUGCAAAAGAUGCAAAAUAUUAAAAAGCUAAGGGGUCACCGUGUGGCUGUCUAUUGUGCCAUAUUUGAUGGAUCAGGGCGGUAUGUUAUCAGUGGUUCAGAUGAUCGUCUUGUCAAGAUUUGGUCUAUGGAAACUGCAUUUUGUUUGGCUAGUUGUCGUGGGCAUCGAGGGGACAUUACUGACUUGGCAGUAAGCUCAAACAAUGUUUUGGUGGCAUCUGCUUCAAAUGAUUUUGUUAUUCGAGUUUGGCGCUUACCUGAUGGGAUGUCAGUAUCAGUUUUGCGUGGGCAUGAUGCAGCCGUGAAUACCAUUGCGUUUAGUCCGAGGCCCAAUGCUGUAUACCAUCUGCUAUCGGCAUCGGAUGACGGAACAUGUAGAAUAUGGGAUGCAAGAAGUUCACAAAAUCCAUGCAUAUACGUACCGCGGCCUUCAGAUGCUAUUAACGGGAAGGGAAAUGCUCCACCAGCUAAUCUACCAUCUUCAAGUAAUGCUCAACGAGGCCUUCAAAUACUUUGUUGUGCAUUUAAUGCAAAUGGAACUGUUUUUGUUACUGGUAGCUCUGAUACUUUUGCCAGGGUAUGGAGUGCUUGUAAGCCCAACACUGACAACUCAGAGCAACCACCAAUUCAUGAGAUGGAUUUAUUAUCUGGUCAUGAGAAUGAUGUUAAUUAUGUACAAUUCAGUGGUUGUGCCGUGUCUUCGAAAGUUAUGACAUCUGACUCUUGGAAAGAAGAAAAUACACAGAAGUUCAGAAAUUUCCGGUAUUCUCAUGAUAACAUAGUUACCUGCUCUCGCGAUGGAAGUGCAAUUAUUUGGGUUCCAAGAUCUCGUAGAUCUCAUGGAAAAGUAGGACGUUGGAUUCGUGCAUAUCAUCUAAAAGUGCCGCCACCACCCCUGCCUCCUCAACCUCCAAGAGGGGGUCCAAGGAAGAGAUUGCUACCUACUCCUCGCGGCGUCAAUAUGAUUGUGUGGAGUCUAGACAACCGCUUUGUACUGGCAGCUAUUAUGGAUUGCAGAAUAUGUGUUUGGAAUGCAGUUGAUGGCAGCUUAGUGCACUCUUUGACCGGCCAUACUGAAUCUUCUUACGUUUUGGAUGUUCAUCCUUUCAACCCUCGGAUAGCUAUGAGUGCUGGGUAUGAUGGUCGAACCAUUGUGUGGGAUAUAUGGGAGGGCAUACCUAUUCGAACAUACGAAAUUGGACGCAUUAGAUUGGUUGAUGGGAAGUUUUCUCCGGAUGGAACAUCAAUCGUGCUUUCAGAUGAUGUUGGACAGAUAUAUUUUCUGAGUACAGGUCAAGGCGAGUCUCAGAAGGAUGCAAAAUAUGAUCAGUUUUUCCUUGGUGAUUACCGACCCCUCAUUAGGGAUGCUCAGGGAAAUGUUCUUGAUCAGGAGACUCAACUUCCACCAAACCGUAGACACGUCCAGGAACCUCUAUGUGAUUCUACUAUGCUGCCAUAUCCUGAACCUUAUCAGAGUCAAUUCCAGCAACGUCGUCUCGGUGCUCUUGGCAUCGAAUGGAAUCCUUCAUUGAUAAAAUAUACUGUUGGUCCAGUUUUUAGUGUUGAUCAGGAUUUCCAGGAGAUACCUUUGGUUGAUUUAGAAGGAAUGCUUGAUCCACAACCUGAGUUCUUGGAUGCUUCCAUCUUCUGGGAGCCAGAACAUGACAACGUCAGUGAUGAUAAUGACUCCGAAUACAAUGUGAAUGAGGAUAACUCUAGUGCAGCUGAGCAAGGGGCUGUUAGCGCCAUCUCUUCUAGUGAUUUAGAAUAUAGCGAAGGUGACUCUAAUAAUAGGGAUGGUUUUAGAAGAUCAAGAAGGACAAACCAUGGUGUUGGAGUUGAGGGAAUGAUUUCUUCUGGAAGGCGUGUUAGGAAAAGGAAUUUUGAAGAGUGUAAUGGUAAUACUUCUGGAAAUAACAGAAUUAAGAAAUCCAAAGGAAGCUCAAAAUCAAGAAAAAAGAAAUCUUCCAAAGCUAAGACAUCGAGACCUCAGAGAACUGCUGCGCAUAAUGCUCGUAAUAUGUUUGUUCAAAUUGGCGAAACAUCAACUGAUGGGGAAGACGAUGAUUCUGAUGAUGAAUCAUCAGACAGUUUUCAAGAUUCAGAAAAUUUCAGUGAACCUGAGAGGAAAAUCCAUAAUAAGCACGAAGAACUUAAAAAACCCCUAUUGGAAGAGUCUGCCGAUAUAUCCAAUACACCUCCAUAUUCCGAAUCUCAGGCAAAUCUUGAAAGUAGACCGAGACUGGUUCUAAAGUUAUCACUUCGUGAUUCUAAGAAGAAUGUGCCUUUAGAGGAUAGAAGAUUUGCAUGUGAGAAUCAGGCUGAUAUCGUAUGUCAGUCUUCUAGACCCCAACCCCUAGAACGUGUUCAAAAAACUUCGCCAGAAAAAAGUUUUACGGGCCCAGACACUAAUGUUAUGUCAGAUGAUACUAAUGCUAACCUUCCGGAAUGCCACAACAGAAAUGAAAAUGCUAUAAGUUAUCUGGAUACAUCCGUAUGUCAUGAGGGGCGCAUAGAUCAGAGAAGACACAAGUAUGAAUUUUCAAGAUCAGGGGAUGCUUUGCUGACUGAUACUGAAGUUAAUGGCCAUCCUGAAUUCAAUUCCAUUGGGAAAUCACAUAUGACCAACAAGUUAGAGGCUGACAGUAGCAUGGUUAAUAUAGAGCUAUCUGAUUUUGAUAAUACAGCUAAAUUUUCAUCGCUUGAAUCUUGGGGGAUGGACAACCGUCAACAAAUUGCUGAUGGCCCCAUAGCAUCCGGUUAUGAUAGGUUGAAUGAUGGUGAUAAAGGCCGAUCUAGAUCUGAUAAAUGCACGGAGGACUCACAGGAAAACAAUGAAGUUGUUCACUCAAACCACACUCAAGAAGUCAAAAUGAAAGCACCCUUUAAACCAACAAAAAUAAUUAUAAAAAAGAAGCAGCCUCCAGAAGACAUUGCAAAUCCCUUAAAACUGAAAGUUGGAAUUCCCAAGGCAGAUUCAAUUGGUGCUAGAAGUGAUGUAGUCUCUGGAAAUCCCGCUUUUACAGGGCCUGAUCGAUUAACAGAAGCAGUAGAAGGGGGAAAUGGCACUAGUACAAGUUCCCCGCAGCUACUGAAUUCAUAUUUUGACCAGAGAAGUUAUAAUCAUGUCCAUGAAAGGAAUAAAUCACAUAAAAGCGAACCAAAUCCUAAUGGUUUUGGGUUUGAUCUGGGAGAAAAUGCUUCCAUUUACAGCAAUCAGCGCGACUUAGGAGUUGAUUUAUCUAAUGUUGUCAGCGAUCCUAUUCGUCGACCACGUUCAAUUAGGAUGAAAACAACUUCUGAGGAGCCAAAUGCUUUCAACACAAGGGUUAAAAUUCGAGGGGGCCAAAGUUCAAGGGGCACAUCCAGUCGGGAAGAUUCUUCUAUCAAAGUGUCUGAUGAACUUCAUCAAAGCACAAGGUCUGCUAGAAACAGGUCUGAUGAAUAUAUUGCCAAUGAUCCUGGUACUUUAAUUCGAAGAAUGCCAAAUCACCAUGUCAAAAAGCUGUCAUGGCUAAUGCUGUCAGAAGAGCAUGAGGAGGGUUACCGUUAUAUUCCUCAACUUGGGGAUGAAGUUGUAUACUUGAGACAGGGUCAUGAAGAAUACGUAGAGUCGUGUACGAUGUCUGAACAGGGUCCAUGGAUAUCAUUUCAAGGACUAAGGGCUGUUGAAAUUUGCAAGGUUGAAAAGCUUGAGUAUGCAGAGCUCCCAGGUUCUGGGGAUAGCUGCUGCAAGCUCUGGCUUAAAUUUGUGGAUCCUUCUUCACGUGCGUUUCGAAAAUCAUUCAAAUUAAUUUUACCUGAGUUGAUCAACUUCUGCGAUUUUGUUAUUGAGAAAACAUUCUAUGAUGCUGCCAUGAAAAGAAAUUGGUCUCCAGAAGAAAGAUGUAGAGUAUGGUGGCGGAAUGAAGACGGGAAAGGUGGAAGUUGGUGGUAUGGUCAAAUCGUUGCGUUGAAGGCCAAAUCUGAUGAAUUCCCUGACAGUCCUUGGGAUAGGUUUAAGAUUGAGUACGAUACUGAUGAUCCAACAGAAGAUCAUUUUCAUAGUCCUUGGGAACUAAACGAUCCUGAGGUUCAAUGGGAGCACCCCCACAUUGAUCAUGAGAUCAGAGAUAAGCUGCUAUCUUAUUUCACUAAAUUAUACCACAGGGAGAAGUAUGAUUUCCAGGCACUGAACCAAGUAGCUGAGAGGACGGACUUUUGUAACAGGUUUCCUGUUCCAUUUUAUCCUGGACUGAUUCAGCUAAGGUUACAAAAUGACUACUAUCGGAACGUGGAAGGCGUCAAGCAUGAUAUCAUGGUAAUGCUAUCAAAUGCUGAAGAGUUCUUUAGAGUUAUAAAAAAUGGAAAGUUGCAGCGCAAGGUCGAGCGAAUAUCAGAAUGGCUUGGAAGAAAACUUGAAAGGAUAUAGAAGCCCAAAAUGGGUUAUAUAUAGGUUUCUUCUAACAUUGGUUUCCAUUCUUUUAUCCAAUUUUGAAAAAUUAAUUGGUCUUUAUGCAAUGGUUUUGUAGAAUGCACAAGGCCAUAGGUGGUGGUAAAUAUUAGUUGUUACCUGUGUAUAUUAUUAUAUACAGAUCAUCCUUUUGAAUACUACAAGUGUUGUACUCAGUUACAAUAAAAAAAGAAAGUGUUGUAUUCAGUUCAGUACAUGGCUAAUCGGCUUUAUAAUGGUGGUUUCAAAUCUGAAAGUGUUGGACUUGGUGGUUUUAGCAUCCUAAGUUUCAAUAGAAAAAUAUUUUCGAAUCAAUAAAAUCAUUCAUUUUCUA